CUUCACUGUUCGAUACCCUCUCUCUCUCUAGAGAGCAUAAGGAAGAGAGAGAGAGAGAGAGAGAGGAAACUGUAAUAAAAGUGUCGAGGAGAGAGAAGGUGAAAGGACGUCCGAAGCCCAUGCGCGCUCUCUCUCUCUCUCUCUCUCUCUACCCUCUUCGUCAUCGUGCCGCAUUGAUGCGGAUUUUUUAGGUGGAGAUCUGAUGUGAUUCGCACUCUGAUCUUGGUUUUCUGAUCUGAUAGUUAGUGAUCCGAUCUAUCUCACAAUAGGGUUUAUAGGUCUGAUCCGUGAGCUUCGUUGGAUAAUUUGCGAGGAGGAGGAAGAGGAAUUAACGUUCUGCUCUCAAAGUUUAGCUAUUUCCAUUAUCUUUGGAGGAUAGAUCGUGCUUAUAUGCAGAUACAAACCUGUGGAGGUGAUAAUUAGUAAGCAAUGGCGGAUUUUUCCUCAUCGGAACCACAAGAACCGGCGUCACCUUCUUCUCCAUCAUCUUCUCAUUCACGAGAAACAAAUGGAUCGGCGGAAACGGAUGACUCAGAAAGCGCAAUGGCCACCGUCGCUCACUUGUUGGAACAGCUUCAUGCUAGCAUGUCUUCUCCACUCGAGAAAGAGCUUAUAACCACAAGGCUGCUCGCACUAGCAAGAGCAAAAAAGGAAACUAAGGUUUUAAUCGGCAGCCAUUCUCAGGCCAUGCCACUGUUCAUCUCUGUUCUUAGAAGUGGAACUGUAACCGCAAAAGUCAACGUUGCUUUGACCCUCAGUACACUCUGCAAGGAAGAAGACCUACGCGUGAAGGUUCUUCUUGGCGGUUGCAUACCGCCAUUAUUAUCUCUUUUAAAGUCAGAAUCCCUCAAUGCCAAAAAAGCCGCUGCAGAAGCUAUAUUUGAAGUUUCCUCUUCUGGGUUUUCGGACGAUCACAUUGGCAUGAAAAUAUUUGUUACCGAGGGUGUUGUGCCUACUUUAUGGGACCUCCUUAACCCAAAAAAUAGACAGGAUAGAGUAGUUGAGGGUUUUGUCACUGGAGCGCUGAGAAAUCUUUGUGGGGAGAAGGAUGGGUAUUGGAGGGCCACAAUCGAAGCUGGGGGUGUCGAGAUCAUUACUGGUCUUCUUUCUUCAAACAAUACUGCUGCCCAAUCAAAUGCUGCUUCCCUUUUGGCCCGGUUGAUUUCGGCUUUUGGCGAUAGCAUUCCUAAAUUAAUAGAUACAGGAGCCGUAAAAGCCCUUCUUGGCCUUUUGGGUCGAGAUAAUGAUAUUUCUGUGCGCGCGAGUGCUGCUGAUGCUUUGGAAGCCCUUUCAUCGAAGUCCACCAUGGCUAAGAAAACUGUAGUUGAUGCAGGUGGCUUACCUGUUCUGAUCGGAGCUGUUGUGGCUCCUUCAAAGGAGUGUAUGCAAGGGGAGUCUUGCCAUGGUUUACAGAGCCAUGCAGUUCGUGCUCUAGCUAAUAUGUGUGGCGGUAUGACUUCUUUGAUACUUUACCUUGGAGAACUCUCCCAGUCCUCGCGCUUAAAUGCUCCUGUUGCUGAUAUACUUGGUGCCCUUGCUUAUUCACUAAUGGUUUUUGAUGGCGAUGAAGAGAAAGUGUUCGACCCAGUUAAUAUAGAGAAUAUCUUGAUAACACUACUAAAACCGCGGGAUAUUAAGUUGGUUCAGGAUCGUGUUCUUGAGGCUUUGGCCAGCCUCUAUGGCAAUCCUUGUCUAUUCAGCAGGCUUCAUCAUUCUGCUGCAAAAAAGGUUCUAAUUGGGCUUAUUACGAUGGCUUCGGCUGAUGUUCAGGAGCACUUAAUACUAUCCCUCACAAGCUUAUGUUGUGACAACGUUGAUAUAUGGGAUGCUUUAGGGAAGAGAGAGGGAAUUCAUCUGCUUAUUUCUUUGCUCGGGCUUUCGAGUGAGCAGCAUCAGGAGUAUGCUGUUUCUUUGUUGGCAAUUUUAACUGAUCAAGUAGAUGAAAGCAAGUGGGCCGUAACAGCUGCUGGAGGAAUCCCUCCGCUGGUUCAAUUAUUGGAAACCGGGUCGCAGAAAGCAAGGGAAGACGGGGCCCACGUGCUGUGGAACUUGUGCCAUCACAGCGACGACAUUCGUGCGUGUGUUGAGAGUGCUGGGGCCGUCCCCGCCCUUCUAUGGCUUCUAAAGAGCGGCAGUCCCAAAGGUCAAGAGGCUUCUGCAAAAGCACUUAAGAAGCUGAUCCAUUUUGCCGACUCUGCUACCAUCAAUCAGUUACUGGCCUUGCUCCUAAGCGACUCUCUCAGUUCAAAGUCCCAUGUUAUCAAUGUCUUGGGUCAUGUGCUUAUGAUGGCUUCUCAUAAAGACUUGGUGCAGAAGGGAGCUCCUGCCAAUAAAGGUCUUAGGUCUCUUGCCCAAGCCCUUAACUCAUCUAAUGAGGAGACACAAGAGUGUGCUGCAUCAGUUUUAGCUGAUCUAUUUAGUACACGAGAAGAUAUAUGUGAUAGUCUUGCCACUGAUGAGAUUGUCCAUCCAUGCAUGAAGCUCCUGACAAGCAAAACCCAAGUUGUGGCGACACAAUCUGCACGAGCUUUGGGUGCUCUAUCCCGUCCAGCAAAUGCUAAAUCCAAGAAUAAGGUAUCCUACAUUGGUGAGGGGGAUGUUCAACCCCUAAUUAAGAUGGCGAAGACAUCGUCAAUCGAUGCUGCUGAAACUGCGAUUGCUGCGUUGGCGAACCUCCUCUCAGAUCCACAGAUUGCUGGAGAAGCUCUAACCGAAGAAAUUGUCUUGUCCCUAACAAGAGUGCUUAAGGAAGGCACUUUAGAGGGCAAAAUAAGUUCUUCUCGGGCACUUCAUCAACUACUGAACCAUUUCCCACUCUGUGAAGUGCUUCCAGAGUACUCACAGUGUCGCUUCGUAGUUCGUGCUCUUUUGGAUUCUUUAGCUGAAAUGGAUGUUGAAGGUGUUGUAUACUUGGGCCCACUGGAUGUACUUGCCUUAUUGGCUAGCACAAAAGAGAGCGUGAAUUUUGGCUUCCCUCCCUGGAGUGCCCUUGCUGAAGACCCAGAAAGUUUACAGCCUUUGUUUCGGUGUCUGGAUGUUGGGCUUCCUAUUGUGCAAGAAAAGUCGAUCGAAAUUCUCUCAAGGCUAUGCCAGGAAAAACCUUCUCUACUUGGUGAUUUUUUGGUAAGAAGAGAAGGGUGUAUUGUUUCACUUGCUACUAGAGUUAUAGAGUCCUCUAGUAUAGCUGUGAGAAUUGGUGGGGCCGCACUUCUCAUUUGUGCUGUGAAGGAGAAUAGAGUACGUCCAAUCGAUAUUCUUGAUGCAUCAGGGCUUUUGAGGAAGCUGAUCUAUUGUCUGAUUGAUAUGUUGAAACUUCAUUCUACUUCCAGUUCUCCAGAAUCUGAAGUCAGGAAUCCUAGAAAUUAUAUGGAAAGAAAUGCAUUUGAUGAUUCUGACAUUCAUGAUCCAGCAAGAAUUUUGGAAGGAACAAUUGCUCUUUGGUUGCUUGCGAUUGUUUCUUCUUCUCAGGUGGAGAGCAAACUUAUUAUUAUGGAGGCUGGUGGAGUUGAGAUUCUCUCUGAUAGACUUGCAAGAUACACAGCUAAUUCACAGGCGGAAUUUGAAGGGACAGAGGGGAUAUGGCCUAGUGCACUUCUCCUGGCUAUUUUGUUCCAGGAUUCAACAGUUGUUCAAUCUUCAUUGAUAACCCGGACAAUACCAUCUCUAGUUUUCUUGCUGAAGUCGGAUGACAUCAUUGAUAGAUACUUUGCUGCUCAGGUGAUGGCUAGCCUUGUUUGUGUAGGAAAUAAAGGAAUACAGCUUGCUAUUGCAAAUUCCGGUGCUGUUGGGGGCAUAAUAUCAUUAAUCGGGCAGAUAGAAUCUGAUAUGCCUAACCUUGCUGCUUUAUCUGAAGAACUAAAAUUAGCACAAAAUCCAGGCCAAGUAAUUAUGGAAAAUCUCUUCAAGCUUGAGGAAGUGAGAACAGGUGCUACCGCGCGCAAGUCCUUACCUUUACUUGUGGACCUUCUUAGACCGAUGCCUGAUAGACCAGGUGCCCCGUUAAUCGCGCUACACCUUCUGACACACCUAGCAGAAGGUAGUGAAACAAAUAAAGUAGUAAUGGCAGAAGCUGGCGCUGUGGAUGCUUUAACAAAAUACCUCUCUUUGAGCCCUCAAGACUCAACCGAAACUACUAUAACUGAUCUGUUAUGGAUCCUGUACAGCAAUUCUGAACUCCUUCACAGUGAAGCUUCUCUCAGCACUUUGAAUCAGCUAAUUGCUGUUUUAAGAAUGGGCUCAAGAAAUGCUAGGCUUAGUGCGGCGAGGACUUUGAAGGAGCUUUUCAAUUCGGAGAAUAUACGAGAAACUGAAAUGGCUAGACAAGCUAUUCAACCAUUAGUCGACAUGCUGAAUUCAGGAAAUGAAAAGGAACAAGAGGCUGCACUCAGUGCAUUGAUCAAACUCACAGAUGGAAAUAUUUCGAAGGCCUCAGCAUUGACCGAUGUUGAAGGUAACCCAAUUGAAACUCUCCACAAGAUUUUGUCAUUCAGUUCGUCUUUGGCCCUGAAAAGAGAUGCUGCCCAACUUUGCUAUGUUCUAUUUGGAAAUUCGAGUGUGAGGACAGCACCAAUUGCCACAGAAUGUAUACAACCCUUAAUAUCACUAAUGACAUCGGAUUCGAGCUUGGUUGUAGAGCCUUCUGUUUGUGCUCUAGAGAGGCUGCUUGAUGAUGAACACCAUGCAGAUAUAGCGGCUACUUAUGAAGUUAUAACUCUUCUUGUUAGCUUUGUUUCGAAGAUGAAUCAUAACUUAUCAGAGCCCAGUAUAAGUGCCCUAAUAAAGCUAGGGAAGGAUCGUCCGCACUGCAAACUUGACAUGGUGAAGGCUGGAGUUAUCGAUAAUGCCCUGAAUAUGAUCCUUGAUGCUCCUGUGUCUCUUAGCUCUUCAAUCAUAGAGCUUCUUCGAAUUCUAACUAAUAAUAGCAGCAUUGCAAAAAGUUCGGCUGCUGCAGGAAUGGUAGAGCCUCUGUUCUUGGUUCUCCAGAGACCAGACAUUCCCAUGUGGGGGCAGCACAGCGCAUUAGAAGCACUUGUAAAUAUUCUGGAAAAGCCCCAAAGUUUGGCGAAUUUGAAAUUAAGUCCUAGCCAAGUCAUCAAGCCUUUGAUUUCAUUUCUUGAAUCCCCAUCUCAAGCAAUUCAGCAGCUUGGCACCGAAGUACUAUUGCAUCUUCUUGAACAAGAGCAUUUCCAACAGGAUAUUACAACCAAACAUGCCGUAGUUCCUCUCGUGCAGCUCGCGGGGAUCGGUAUCUUGAGCCUACAGCAAAUGGCGAUCAAAGCGCUUGAGAGCAUUUCGAUGAGCUGGCCAAAGGCUGUAGCUGAGGCAGGGGGCAUUUUUGAACUCUCAAAGGUGAUUGUCCAGGAUGAUCCCCAGCCCAGCCAUGCAUUAUGGGAGUCUGCAGCACUUGUUCUAUCCAACGUUAUGCGGUCUUAUUCCGAAAAUUAUUUUGAAGUUUCGAUGGUGGUGCUCGUGAAAUUGCUGAAUUCCACGGCAGAGAGCACUGUUAACAUAGCUCUCGGUGCCCUCCUUGUUCAAGAGAGGAAUAGUAAGAGCAGUGCUAUAUCAAUGGCCGAGGCAGGUGCGAUCGAUGCACUGUUAGAGCUUUUAAGAUCUCGUCAGUGUGAGGAAGCUUCUGCAAGAUUGCUCGAAGCACUUUUUAACAAUGGGAGGGUGCGAGAAAUGAAGGUUGCAAAAUACGCGAUCGCCCCCCUUUCACAAUACUUAUUAGAUCCACAGUCCAGGUCGCCACCAGCUAAGUUUCUGGUGACUCUCGCGCUAGGCAACCUUUUCCAGCAUGAUUCACUUGCUAGGUCAAGUGAUGCUGUCUCUGCAUGCCGUGCUUUGAUAAGCCUGCUUGAGGAUCAACCCACAGAAGAGAUGACUGUGGUGGCAAUCUGUGCUUUACAGAGUUUGGUUAUGCACAGUAGAACAAAUAGGCGGGCGGUAGCAGAAGCUGGUGGAAUUCUGGUCGUACAGGAAUUGCUUUUGUCUUCCAAUGUGGAAGUUUCUGGGCAGGCUGCAUUGUUGAUCAAGUAUCUAUUUUCAAAUCAUACACUUCAAGAGUAUGUAUCAAACGAGCUCAUCAGGUCUCUCACCGCUGCUCUGGAGAAAGAGCUGUGGUCCACAGCAACCAUCAAUGAAGAGGUGCUGAAAACCAUUUACGUGAUAUUCACUAACUUCAAGAAACUCCGCACUUCUGAAGCGGCAACGCUGUGCAUCCCGCAUCUAGUGGGUGCUUUGAAAUCCGGAAACGAGCCUGCUCAGGAGACCGUACUCGACACCCUCUGCUUAUUAAAAGAAUCAUGGUCACAGAUGAAUGAAGACAUUGCCAAAGCCCAAGCCUUAAUUGCUGCUGAAGCUAUACCCAUUCUUCAAAUGCUUAUGAAAACCUGCCCGCCCAGCUUUCAUGAAAGAGCCGAUAGCUUGUUACACUGCUUGCCCGGAUGCUUGACUGUGACCAUUAAACGCGGGAACAACUUGAAGCAGACCAUGGGAAGCACGAACGCUUUUUGUUGCCUAAAAAUAGGAAACGGUCCUCCGAGACAGACCAAGGUGGUGAACCACAGCACGUGUCCAGAAUGGAAGGAGGGUUUUACUUGGGCGUUUGAUGUUCCCCCGAAAGGGCAGAAGCUUUAUAUUCUCUGUAAAAGCAAAAAUACAUUUGGAAAGUCAACCCUCGGGCGAGUUACCAUACAAAUAGACAAAGUUGUGACUGAAGGAAUAUACAGUGGAUUCUUCAGCCUCAGCCACGAUGGUCGGAAGGAUGGAUCACGGACACUCGAGAUUGAGAUUGUAUGGUCAAAUAGGACAUCAAACGAUGGCAUCUAAGAUUGUUCAGUGGUAAAAAUCUAUCCAAAAGCCUUCAUAAAACCAAGCAUGAAGAGCAAGCUAAAAGAAGCGCUCUUAACGUAUCAUGUAUCAGUUUGUUCUGCAUGAAUGAUGUCUAGUAUUGCGGUAGCAAGUGGAAGACUGACUGGCCCGAGAAGCUAGGAAGAAUAUCCAGCCUGGUUAUCACCAGAGUCUGUAGGUUUAUCAAUGGUGAGAUUAUUCUGAAGGCUGCUGAUUAGUUUCUAGAGUUGAUUGUUGCUGUACAAACUGAGAUUAUCCUGAAGGCUGCUGAUUAGUUUCUAGAGCUGAUUGUUGCUGUUAAAGUUUGUACAGGUAAGAUUUUGCUUCUCUCCUUUGUAAUUAGCAUAAGCUUGUGAUCAUUUUAAGAGGAUCAUCAUGGAAUGUGGAGGAUGGUAAUACCUUAGUAUACCACCAUUACUCUUUUAUGAUUCUUUAGACAUAUUUUACUUGCUGUAAUCUAGUGGAUAAGACGUAUUACGAUCUAUUUUUUCAUCAACAAAAACUUAGCAUAUAUUGUCACAA